AUGCUUUUAAAGCCAACGGUGCCGGGGUUGUGCGCGAUGUUGCAGACAAUCUACGAGACAGAGUCCUGCUUCUCCUCCGACACUGUGUCUAGUAGAGAGCAGCCUGUGGAGCUUCUCUCUCAGCCACACUCCACAGUGGUGUCCAGCACUGCCUUGGAUGUGAAGACCCCUCUCCCGACCGGGAUGCAGAGCCCAGUGAGUGGUGGCGGUGAGCAGGGCGGCGGCGGUACCGGUCCGGUGGACCUGCGCACGGACCCCCGUCUGUCCGGCCUGGGCGCGGUGGACCCCGCCCUCAGGGAGCAACAGCUUCAGCACGAGCUGCUCCUUCUCAAACAACAGCAGGAGCUACAGAAACAGCUGCUCUUCGCCGAGUUCCAGAAACAACACGAGGUCCUCACGCGCCAACACGAGGUUCAGCUUCAAGAACAUCUAAAGCAGCAGCAGGAGAUUCUUGCGGCCAAACGUCAGCAGGAGCUGGAGCAGAAGAGGAAGCUGGAGCAGCAAAGGCACGAGGAGUUGGAGAAACAACGACUGGAACAGCAACUCAUCAUGCUCAGGAACAAAGAGAAAGGCAAAGAGAGUGCCAUCGCCAGCACGGAGGUGAAGCUAAAGCUUCAGGAGUUUCUUCUGAGCAAAAAGGAGCCAACAUCUGGUGGACUGAACCAUUCCUUCCCUCAGAAAUGCUGGGGUGCCCAUCACACGUCUUUGGACCAGAGCUCGCCCCCCCAGAGUAACACCCCAGGAACACCACCCUCUUACAAACUACCACCACUACUGGGGGCCUACGAAAGCAAAGAUGACUUCCCCCUCCGCAAAACCGCCUCUGAGCCCAACCUGAAAGUUCGUUCACGGUUAAAACAGAAGGUGGCUGAGAGACGGAGCAGCCCACUGCUCAGACGGAAGGACGGGACUGUGAUCAGCACCUUUAAGAAGAGAGCCAUUGAGAUCUCAGUGUCCUCAAUGUGCAGCAGCGCUCCUGGCUCUGGUCCCAGUUCCCCCAACAGCUCCAACAGCGCUAUUGCCGAGAACGGCUCCAGCGGCUCCGUCCCCAACAUCCACGCCGAGCAGCUGCGUUCUCUGCACCAGUCGUUGAACGCGGACGGAGCGGCGAGUCCUCUUAGCCUUUACACUUCUCCUUCACUGCCCAACAUCUCUCUGGGUUUACCUGCCAACUCCCACAUCACUACCCCCCAGAAGCUGAGUGCCCAGCAGGAGGCUGAGCGACAGGCUAUCCAGACCAUGCGGCAGGGCGGAGCUCUGACGGGCAAGUUCGUCAGCACCUCUUCCCUGCCAGCUUGCCUUCCUCCUGGGGCGCCACACGACCCCGAGCCCCCUACGCCGCCCAACAGCCACUCUCAUUCCUCCCUGCUCCAGCACGUCCUGCUUCUAGAGCAAGCCCGCCAGCAGAGCGCACUCCUCGCAGUGCCCAUGUACGGGCAGUCGCCGCUGGUAACGGGCGAACGGGUAUCCAACAACAUGCGAACGGUGAACAAGCUGCCCCGGCACCGCCCCCUAAGCCGCACCCAGUCGGCCCCCCUGCCCCAGAGCCCCCAAGCCCUGCAGCAUCUCGUCAUGCAGCAGCAGCAUCACCACUUUCUGGAGAAGCAGAAAUACCAGCUAAAUAAGAUCCUCUCGAAAGGGGCGGAGCUUCCCCGUCAGCCUCCCACUCACCCGGAGGAGACGGAGGAGGAGCUCACCGAAACAGCAGAGAUGCAGGAGGAAAGAGGGGAGGGGCCAGAGCAGGCGAGGGAGGGGCUUCACCCCGAACAGCGGCUGCAGAAAGACGGCUCGGGCGAGACCUCGCCCCCCUCUGAGCGCCUGGCCCCCCUGAAAGGCGAGAGCACCGAAAGCGAUCUGGAGGAGGAGGAAGAUGAAGAUGAAACCAUCGAGCUGAAGGAGUGCGAUGAAGAGGGCUCCCCCUAUGGGCAGUUCCCAGACCAGCAGCACGUCCAGCAGCUUAACGUGUUUCAGGCGUCCUUGUCCAUCACCGGCAUGCCUCACAGACCUCUGGGAAGGGCCCAGUCUUCCCCAGUCACGUCCAGUCUUAAAGGAGCGCCAAUGGGCGAAGUACCCAUCAAGCACCUCUUCACCACAGGGCUAGUGUAUGACACCUUUAUGUUGAAGCACCAGUGUAUGUGUGGAAACACACACAUCCAUCCUGAGCACGCGGGCCGCAUUCAGAGCGUGUGGUCCAGGCUGCAGGAGACAGGGCUCCUGGGCAGGUGUGAGCGUAUCCGGGGCAGGAAGGCCACUCUUGAUGAAAUCCAGACGGUUCACUCUGAAUACCACACUCUUCUCUAUGGCACCAGUCCACUCAACAGGCAGAAACUAGACAGCAAGAAGCUUUUAGGUCCGAUCAGUCAGAAAAUGUACGCCGUCCUUCCAUGCGGAGGCAUCGGGGUGGACAGCGACACGGUGUGGAACGAGAUGCACUCGUCAGGAGCCGUGCGGAUGGCGGUGGGCUGCGUCAUCGAGCUUGCCUUUAAAGUGGCCGCAGGAGAAUUAAAGAAUGGUUUCGCCGUAGUUCGUCCACCCGGGCACCACGCCGAGGAGUCCACGGCCAUGGGCUUCUGCUUCUUUAACUCAGUGGCCAUCGCAGCCAAGCUGCUGCAGCAGAAGUUAGGCGUGGGGAAAAUUCUCAUCGUGGACUGGGACAUUCACCACGGCAACGGCAGCCAACAGGCCUUCUACAAUGAUCCCAACGUGCUGUACAUUUCACUGCAUCGCUAUGACGACGGCAACUUCUUUCCUGGCAGCGGCGCGCCCGAAGAGGUUGGCGUCGGACCUGGAUUCGGGUUCAAUGUGAACAUAGCGUGGACAGGAGGUGUGGACCCACCCAUGGGUGACGUGGAAUACUUGACAGCUUUCAGGACGGUCGUGAUGCCCAUCGCCAACGAGUUUUCGCCAGACGUGGUCCUGGUGUCGGCCGGCUUUGACGCAGUGGAGGGCCACCAGUCCCCGUUGGGCGGAUACAAUGUAACCGCCAAAUGUUUCGGACACCUAACGAAACAGUUGAUGAAGCUGGCCGGUGGGCGUGUGGUUCUAGCCCUUGAGGGUGGGCACGACCUCACAGCCAUCUGCGACGCCUCCGAGUCCUGUGUCUCCGCCCUGCUGGGAGACGAGCUGGAUCCUCUCCCCCAGUCUGUUCUGCAGCAGAAACCCUGUCCAAAAGCAGCAGCCUCCUUAGAGAAAGUCAUUCAGAUCCAGAGUAAACACUGGAGCUCUCUACAGCGGCUCGCCCCUACAGUGGGUCAAUCCCUUUUGGACGCCCAGAGGAGGGAGAAAGACGAGGCAGACACUGUCACCGCCAUGGCCUCGCUGACCGUUGACACCGAACCGACCCCGGUUUCCACGGAGACCAGCAGGUCUACAGAAGAGCCUAUGGAGGAGGAGCCAGUGGUGUAGUCAGGGGGG